AUGGGUUUAUUGCAACGAGCCGGCGUCUUGAAGGCUAUAGUCUCAUCUUGCUGCUUGUCGAAUUUCCAGAACCUCUAUAACCUCCGUCAUUUGGUUCGGCGAUGGUGUACCACCACCCAUACCUUCUUUUUCUCGUGCGGCGAACUCACUGUGACCUUUGAAGAUGUGGCUAACCAGUUGCUCCUGCCCAUUCUUGGCGAUGCCGAUCUUGCCGCCGCCUUAGAGUUUUUUCCGGAGGAAGAGGCCAUUGAGGCUGAAUUGAGGAAAAUGAUGGCCGGAAACACCAAGUUGUCAUACUGGGUGAGUUCUUCCUUUAAGUUUUCUGUUGCUGCCCGCCGUACGGCUUUUUUUGCAUUUUGGCUUUGCAAAUUCGUUUUUGGGUCUCACCCCCAUUACGCCAUAAAGCUUUUGUACUUUCGUUUGGCUAUUAAAAUAUCUGCCGGGGUGAGCCUACCGUUGGCCCCUAUGUUCUUGGGACACUUGUAUGUUCAAUUAGAUAUCCUCCGUAGUGAUGAGAGUCAGGCUGGGUCCUGCCAUAUUGUUGCUUCUUCCGUCCAUUGCACCAUACUUCAGCAGUUGUUGUUUGAGCGUUGCGCUCAGUUUGAAUCUGAUUUUCCUCUUACUUUUCGUUGGUCUGGUUUGAAGCUGAUUGGCUAUUCUGUGGUUGAAUCUUUUGAUGAGGGCGUCAGUUUCUCUUGGAGAGCCUAUAGAAAUUUGGGUGUAGAUUACACUUGUGCGGAUUUUGCCAUGGGUUCGUUUGUUGACACCAUUGGGACCACUAUCCCAUUGGUUAGCUUUGAUGAAAUUGGGAUCACCUAUCUUGCUGUUACCAAUGCUGGAUGGCUGUCUUACCUAGCCGAUGAAGGCAUUAGGUUUGUUCACUAUCCUGCCAACCAGGUGAGAAGACAGUUUGGGUUGGAUCAAGACAUCCCCGAUGACAUUUCUUUCCUCAUGGAAUCUCCUACUUCAGUCCGUCCUUUCCUGCGGCACACUGCUUUUGAGUUUUGGAGGAAGCGUUUCAACGCCGUUACAGUUCCCGGUUACUAA